AUGAGGGAGUUUAAGGUGGUUGUUCUUGGCGAUGGUGGUGUUGGCAAAAGCGCUCUCACUGUUCGUUUCGUCACCGGCAAAUAUGAGGAGAAGUAUGACCCAACAAUUGAGGACUUUUACCGAAAGGAAAUAAUAGUCGGUGGAGUUCCAUGCAUGCUAGAAAUCCUCGAUACAGCCGGGACGGAGCAAUUCGCAUCGCUUCAGGACCUGUACAUCAAGAACGGCCAGGGCUUCGUGAUCGUCUACAGCAUAACCUGCCUCCAGAGCCUCCACGACGUCCAGGCCAUCCGAGACCAGAUAAUUAAGGUGAAGGCCUCGGACAGCCGUUACCCUGGACCCAACAGCCAUCACCCCCACCACCACCACCACCACCACCGGGAUCACCAACACACGCCAUCCAACCAGCACACCGCAGGGUGCAUUCGGCCACCGCCGAUUGUUUUGGUGGGGAAUAAGAUUGACCUAGAGGAGGAGGGUCUGCGUGAGGUGCCACACGGCCAGGGCGAGGCGAUGGCACGCAAAUGGGGCUGCUGCGCCUUCAUCGAGACCUCAGCCAGAACGGGAGUCGGCGUGAAGGAAGCCUUCCUUGAGGUUGUUCAGUGGGUAAUGCUGCCUAAUUUGAUGUCCAUGCUGUCGUUUUCACACCUUCGCCUCCUCAUCACCCUUCCCCUCCUGUUCCUUCCCCUUUACCCCUCUACUCUUCCAUCAUUGCCUUCUUAA